AUGCCCCUUCAUCUGGUGGCGUGGCGCCUCCGGCUAUCACUUGCGGAUAUUGGUUUACGUAUUCUACCGAUUAUUUUCCUUGGUAAAGGUGGGCGUCGGGACUCGGAAGAAUGGUUGCGAUAUCUUUUAGUCACGGGAAAGGCUAGAAGUAGAAUGGGCUGGAGACUGAAAUAUGAUCUAGAAUAUCUCAAUAGCUUCUCGGUCUUCUUUCUCCUAUCCCAAGGAACUCUGUGGAAGUACGCAAAGUCGCGAUUAUUCGCCAGUGCGAUGUCAGGUAAGUAAUGCAAGCGAGUUACCAUUCGAUUUACCGACCGUUCAACUGUUCUUCAUCAAAUUGAAAUCUUCACAUGUAAAGUAUUCGUUGCUUGCUAACUCACUUCUUUGUUUUGACCGAUUAUUACAUUAUCGCAAUCGAAGCAUCACAGCAUCAAUGACACGACUUUGAAAAUGUUCCUAUCUAUCUUCCGAGUUCAGCUGUAUCUUGUUCGGGUAGAGGACAGUAACGUUGCGAAAAGUCCGGACGUACAAGAACCAUGGCGCGGUGCACAAAGCUGUUCUGGAAGAAACGAAGAAGCAUAGGAAACAAGAUAACGAUCAAUAGACAAGUACAAGUACGUCGGAUCUACGGUAGGAUAUGACAUCAAGUGCUUCGAUUAUC